AUGCCGCCCACCCCGCACCGCAUGCAAUCGCAGUCGCAGUCGCAUUCCUCGUCGCAACCCACGGCCUCGUACGGCUACGACCAGCAACAGCAUCAGCAGCAAUCGUCUUAUUCCAACUCCCAACCGGCGCCCAGCUACGCGCAGAGCUUCCCGAAUGGGCCGGUGUCCAACCCCGGCUACGCGCGCAGCUUCGGCCAGCACGCCAUGAAGCAGUCACGAGGAGGAUAUGCCGACGAGGCGCAGAUAUACACUGCCGUCUACUCCGGCGUCUCCGUCUAUGAAUUGGAAGUGGGCUCAGUGGCCGUCAUGCGCCGCCGAUCCGACGGCUGGUUGAAUGCCACCCAAAUCUUAAAGGUCGCGGGUGUUGAUAAAGGUAAGCGAACAAAAGUGCUAGAGAAGGAGAUUCUCACGGGCGAGCACGAAAAGGUGCAGGGCGGUUAUGGCAAGUAUCAGGGGACGUGGAUUAGUUAUCGUCGAGGAAGGGAGUUUUGCAGGCAAUAUGGGGUGGAGGACAUCCUUCGCCCACUGUUGGACUACGAUGUCAGUGCGGAUGGAUCCAGUGGUCCUGGAACACAGGAAACACCGACCAAGGAACAGGCAAUGGCGGCCCAGCGCAAGAAAUUCUACAACAACAACAACACUUCCAACACUUCCAUGGACCCUCGAUCCACCGCGCCCAAUGGAACCUUCUUCUCCAAUAUUUCUCCAACCACCAGUGUAGCUCUGGCUGCCAUGAACAAAGCUGCUCGUCUCAAUUCACCCCGACCGCGACCAUCGAACAUGCGCCGCGAAUCACAAAAUGACCUCUCUGCGAGUCAAGAGGACAAUUACAACGGAGAGCCUCCUCGAAAAAGAAUGCGUCCGGAUAGUCAAGACAUGGGACCUCCAGACCUACCAUACGACACCUCCAUGCGCUCCUUGACACCCACCGAACCGAAUGAAAGCUUCCUCUAUGAGCAUGCCCUGAUGCAGGACUCGGUCAAUAACGCCGGCGAACCCAUUGCACUACCACCCCUCCCAAGCCCCACAACCGAUGAACAGCAAGAAAAGAUGAACUUGAUUCUCGACCUCUUCGCAGAGCAAGGGAAUCGUACCGACUAUGCCGCACAUCCCGCCCUGCAACAGCUGCAAAACGAAGACUUCAACAUGCCUCUGGAUGCUUCUGCGAACAACGCCCUCCACUGGGCGGCCACACUCGCGAAGAUUCCACUCUUGAAACUGCUCAUCCAAAAGGGUGCCAGUAUCUGGCGAGGAAACGCCGCUGGCCAGUCUCCGUUGAUAUCCGCUGUGCUGGUGAACAACUGCUGGGAGCAGGCCUCCUUUCCGGAAGUACUCGAACUUCUCGGCCCGCUGAUUGAAGUGCGGGAUGUCCAAGGUCGGACCAUUCUCCAUCACAUCGCUGUAAGCUCCGGCAUCAAAGGAAGGUCGGGAAGUGCAAAGUACUACCUCGAAGCUCUGUUGGAAUUUCUUGUCCGAAUCGGCACAGGCCAUCAAAACGAACAGAUCAACGGUGAAGGGGAUGAACUCAUCGGAAGGGGACCUGUGAGCCUGGUGAGAUUUCUUUCCCAUAUUGUGAAUGCUAGAGAUAAGGCUGGAAAUACAGCGCUCAAUCUAGUCGCGAGGAUUGGGAAUCGCAGCAUCAUUCAGCAGCUCGUGGAGAUUCAUGCCGACCCUGGAUUGGUCAACAACAAAGGCGUCUGUGCUAGGGACUUUCACCCGGACAUUGGUGGUAUCAGCACUCAGCAAAGUGGUGCGAUAUCGAGCCAGCAAAGUGUUGCYCCUCCUGCCAGGAUGGUUGAGGAUGACGAAGACAAGACACCGAAGACUGGAUUGUCGGCCAGUCAGAGCGAAGACUUGAAUGUUGAAUUGCAAUCAAUGCUGGCGUCUCUCUUUGGAGAGAAUCUAGCUCUGCAGAAGGAUCUCCUUGCGAGACGCACUGCGAGGAUUGAUGAGCUCAAUGCUGAGAUUCGGAACUUGUCCGCACAGCAACGAGAGGAGAGGGAGGAGUUUGAACGGAAGCGAGAAAAGGUCAAGAUGAGGAGUGAGGCGAGAGCGAAAGUGAAGAAUCUCCGGAGGGAAGUCGAAGGCAUUAAAAGGAAUAGACGCACGUCUUCGCAUUCCACGAAAAUUGACCUCGAUCCUGAGGAAUUGGAGAAGGGCUCCGCGGGACUCAUUGCCGCGAGGGUCAGAGCUUUUGCGCGACAGAAUGCUGAGCUGGAACACCAUGCUGCACAACUGAGAAGUCGAAGUACGGAGCUCGAGGCGCUGUACAGGAGAGUCGUGGCAAAGUGUACAGGUGUGAGGGAGGGGGAUGUUGAAAGGAAUCUUGAAGGGUUGGUGGCUGCUGUUGAGAGUGAGAAUUGGGUCGGCGAGGACGGAAGGGAUGUAGGAAGGGUGAGAGAGUUCUUGAGACGUGUUGGCGAUGGAGAUGGACWAGGGCAGGGCGAGGAAGGUGUUGUGCUCGAGGUAAAUCCCACCGUGGUCAGAGCAGCGAUGGAAGGGAGGCGGUAG